UAGCAAAUCUCGGAACAGAAGCAAAUCUAAAUUUGUAGUGAUGAAUUAGUGUUGAUUACAUACAUAAAAUAUAUGAUUGAUUAGUGAAGACAACUAAAAAAACCGCCAUGUGUUUACCUAGUCUUUACACUUUAAUAAAAAUAAUUUAAAUUCAUUAAAAUAUUUUAAAUAGUUUUUUUUUCAAUGACAACGUAACAGAAGUAUUUUCCUCAAGUUGUCUGCCUGAUUUACGUUUUGUAUUCAAUCUCCUAAAACAACAGUUUGAAAACCUCGUAUUUUCGCUCCAAAUAUUAAAAAAAAACAAAUUAUAAAAAAUGGAACCAAUGACACUUGGAAGUCCCGUUCAAAGUCCAAAAACUAACCCAUUAAACAUGAGUUCAAAUACACCUUUUUUACCAGCUUUUUUGAUGGGUGAACAACAAACUUCACCAAGCCAACGCCAUGGAUCAUUAAGCCCAACAAAAAGUAGAGGAGGAUUAUUCAAAAAUUCAGAAACUCCAGAUCGAGUUUUAUACCCUAGUACAUAUCAUCAAACUUCUGGAUAUUUUCAAUCUGAUCCAACGUCUCCAGCAAUGGCAAAACAAAAGGUGAAUGAGAAAAGUGGCCCCCCUGUUCAAGGAUUGUUUGAUACAUUGGAAGCUAGGUAUAAAUACAAUCCAAAUGAAACUUCGACAAUAAACACGCCUAAAAAUGCAACCACUUUUGAUACAUUUCAAAAUAAUUCUAUCCAUAUUGUGGAAGAUAAGUUAACAUCAACGCCCAAACGACCUUUUAAUCGUUUGAGUGUGCAACAUGAAAAUUCAACUUUACAAUCAAAUUGGACACCAACAAAUCGUCAACCAAUUGAUCCAUUAUCACCUGAUAAUACAUGGGUAACAAUUUUAGGCUUUCCAUGCUCUACCACAAAUGUUAUUCUAGCACAUUUUGCACAGUGUGGAACAAUUGUUGAAAAAAAAUUCCCAUCACAAGGGAAUUGGGUUCACAUUAAAUACUCAAAUCCUUACGAAGCGAGUAAAGCAUUAGCGUUUAAUGGUAAAAUUUUAGCUGGAUCAAUUAUGGUUGGUGUACUACCUUAUCGACCAAAUGAAUUGAGCAAUAAAGAAAAUGUUUCAAUAAAUGAGUCAAAUUUAAACAAUGGUACAUUUGCAGCAUCUCCACGACCUGUACGAUCUUUGGCACAGCCGUAUUUAUCACCUCAACAACGUAAUUCAAAUAUAGCAGAAACAAUUACAUCACCUGUACCACAAAAAUCAACUGGGAUUGUUACUAAAGCUAUGGAAUAUGUAUUUGGGUGGUAAAAAACAUAAUAAUUAAUAAUAAAAACGUUGAUCAAAUUAUCUUUGAGGGUCAAGUUUUAAAUAUUUAAAAAAACUAUCUUUUAAUGUUCUUAUUGAUCAAAAAAAUCCUUUUAUUUUGGGAUCUAAAAUUUUAACUUAAAAAUAACGAACUUGGCUUUCAUAAAAAUUUAAUUUUUAGAUUAUAUUUUUUUUAAUAUUAAUUUUCACGGUAGAUUCGUUUCAUUUAGCUACUACAUACGUGCGGUUAGCAAAUAUGUGUUUUGUAUAUUUAUUAAUUUGUUGUUCAACUGUAUUAUGCACAUCCAUGGGCACGUCGGCCAGGAAUUUAAAUAAUUUGGAUAUUGUUUUACCUCUAAUUAUGAAUAUUUUGUAUGAAGAACUAAGUUUUACAUUCAUUAAUUGUACACUAGUUAAGUUUAUUAUUAUUUUAAAAUAAAUACGUUAUUUCUUUUAUUA